AUGAGUAGAAUCAGAGAAAAAUCUGUUUUUCCGUUAUCUAUCUAUCUAUCUAUCUAUCUAUCCUUAAUAUGCUUAUCAAUGCCUGUCUAUUUCACUCUUUAUGUAUGUAUGUAUGUAUCACAUUUUGCUUCUAUCUAUCUAUCUAUCUAUCUAUCUAUCUAUCUAUCUAUCUAUCUAUCUAUCCUUAAUAUGCCUAUCAAUGCCUGUCUAUUUCACACUUUAUGUAUGUAUGUAUGUAUGUAUGUAUCACAUUUCGCUUCUAUCUAUCUAUCUAUCUAUCUAUCCUUAAUAUGCCUAUCAAUUCCUGUCUAUUUCACACUUUAUGUAUGUAUGUAUCACAUUUUGCUUCUAUCUAUCUAUCUAUCUAUCUAUCUAUCCUUAAUAUGCCUAUCAAUGCCUGUCUAUUUCACACUUUAUGUAUGUAUGUAUGUAUGUAUGUAUGUAUCACAUUUCGCUUCUAUCUAUCUAUCUAUCUAUCUAUCUAUCUAUCUAUCUAUCUAUCUAUCUAUCCUUAAUAGGCCUAUCAAUGCCUGUCUAUUUCACACUUUAUGUAUGUAUGUAUCACAUUUUGCUUCUAUCUAUCUAUCUAUCUAUCUAUCUAUCUAUCUAUCUAUCUAUCAUAUAUGCCUAUCAAUGCCUGUCUAUUUCACACUUUAUGUAUGUAUGUAUCACAUUUUGCUUCUAUCUAUCUAUCUAUCUAUCUAUCUAUCUAUCUAUCUAUCCUUAAUAUGCCUAUCAAUUCCUGUCUAUUUCACACUUUAUGUAUGUAUGUAUCACAUUUUGCUUCUAUCUAUCUAUCUAUCUAUCUAUCUAUCUAUCUAUCUAUCUAUCUAUCCUUAA